GGCAGUCGCUUAACCAACUGAGCCACCCAGGUGCCCAACCUCUUCCAUUUCUUAACCCCCUUCAUUUCAUCCUCUUGCCAUUUCCACUGCAUUCUCCUUCCUUCUAAAUCCCCAAAUAUAUUCAAGUUAUGUAUUCUGUCUCGUUGGCUUUUUCUCUUUGGUCUGUAAAUUCCAUCAUGCAGCCUACCAGUCACCCUGCACCUGAUCUGUGUCUCAAGGUUCCAUCCCCUCCAUGUAGUCUUUUCCCUUGCCCUCAUUGCCUUUAUCUUUCUCCUUGUGUGUCCCAGGAGGUCAGGAUGGUGGGGGAACGGCGCAGCAGGGACCUCAUGGUGCCCUUGGGGCCCCGGCUGCAAGCAUAUCCUGAAGAGCUUAUUCGACAGCGGCCUGGGCAUGAUGGGCAUCCUGAAUACCUGAUCCGAUGGAGUGUUCUGAAGUGUGGGGAAGUGGGCAGAGUGGGUGUGGAAGAGGGCAAGACAGAGCACAUCCUCAUGUGGCUGUCAGCCCCCGAAGUCUACGCCAACUGCCCCAUGCUGUUAGGUGAGCGGGCACUAUCUAAGGGACCUCAGCAUGAACCAGCUGGGGGUUCAGGAAGCUUUCCCCGAGAUCCAGGAGGUCUGGAUGACACAGCAGUGGGAGAGAUGGAGGCUGAUGUGCGGGCGCUGGUGCGCAGGGCUGCCAGGCAGCUGGCAGAAGGUGGGACCUCGAGCCUCACAGCUGCUGUGCUCCACACCAUCCAUGUGCUCAGUGCCUAUGCCAGCAUCGGGCCCCUCACUGGGGUCUUCAGGGAGACGGGAGCCCUGGACCUGCUCAUGCACAUGUUAUGCAACCCUGAGCCUCAGAUCCGUCGGAGUGCGGGCAAGAUGCUACAGGCUCUGGCAGCCCACGAUGCUGGGAGUCGGGCUCACGUCCUUCUGUCACUGAGCCAGCAAGAUGGCAUCGAGCAGCACAUGGAUUUUGACAGCCGCUAUACUUUGCUGGAGCUGUUUGCAGAGACCACCUCCUCUGAGGAACACUGCAUGGCCUUUGAGGGCAUUCAUCUGCCUCAGAUCCCAGGAAAGCUGCUCUUCUCCCUGGUGAAACGCUACCUAUGUGUCACCUCCCUGCUGGAUCAGCUGAAUAAUAGCCCAGAGCCAGGGGCUGGAGACCGAGGCUCCCUGUCCUCAAGGGAGUUCGGCCGGGAGAAAAGCCGGGGGCAGCGGGAGCUGGAAUUCAGUAUGGCUGUGGGCAACCUCAUCUCCGAGCUGGUGCGGAGCAUGGGCUGGGCCCGGAACCUCAGUGAACAGAGCACAUUGCCACUGCGGCCUGCCCGCUCCAUCUUUCAGCCCUGCGUUUCAGGCCCUAGCCUUUUGCUCCCCACCAUGGUUGCCGCCCCCAGAAGGCAAGAGCGGGCCUUCCGCCAACGCUCUGAAUUCUCAAGCCGCUGUGGCUAUGGUGAGUAUGUGCGAGAGACGCUGCAGGCCGGGAUGCGAGUGCGCAUGCUGGAGGACUAUGAGGAGGUCAGCGCUGGGGACGAGGGCGAGUUCCGUCAGAGCAACAAUGGCGUGCCCCCCGUGCAGGUCUUCUGGCAGUCGACGGGCCGCACCUACUGGGUGCACUGGCACAUGCUGGAGAUCCUGGGCCCUGAGGAAGCUGCCGAGGAUGCGGCUUCAGGAGCUGUGGAGAAGGGGGCGGAGGCUCCUCUGCUGGGCACAGCGCUUCCUUCCUGGGACUGGAAACCUGUGGAUGGGCUCUACUCUUUGCCAUACCUCCAGCCCGAGCCCCAGAAGAAUGAGCAUUUGGGAUACCUGACCCAGGCCGAGUGGUGGGAGCUGCUCUUCUUCAUCAAGAAGCUGGACAUAUGUGAGCAGCAGCCAAUUUUCCAGAAUCUUCGGGAGAACCUGGAUGAGACCCUGGGUGACAAGGCCCUGGGUGACCUCUCCGUGCCUGUAGAGAUCGCUGAGGGUCUGCUGCAGGUGCUCAGCACUCGGUUUGAGGGCAGCACCCUCAGUGACCUGCUCAACUCCCAAAUCUACACCAAGUAUGGGCUGCUGCCCGAUGAACUAAGCAUCUCGUCCUCUUUACGAAGUCACUCCUGUACCCCAGAUCCAGAAGAGGAGUCCAAGUCAGAGGCCAACUUCUCAGAAGAAGAGACCGAGUCCCCCAAAGCAAAAGCUGAGCCCCCGAAGGCAGAUUCAGAACCUGCCAAGGGAAAAACUGAGCCCCCUGUGGCACAGAGUGAUUCACAGCUGUUUAACCAGCUUCUGGUGAUGGAGGGGAUUGCUCUGCCCCCUGAGAUGAAGGAGGCAGCCAGUGAAAUGGCUAGAGGCUUGCGGGGUCCUGGUCCGCGCAGCUCCCUGGAUCAGCAUGUGGCAGCGGUCGUGGCCACCGUGCAGAUAUCCAGCUUGGACACAAACCUGCAGCUUUCAGGGCUCUAUGCCCUCUCUCAGGCCGUGGAGGAGGUCACUGAUCGGGACCACCCUCUGGUCCGUCCCGACAGAUCCCUGAGGUUAGUUAGAAUGGUGGGGAGGGAGGAGGGGUUUGGUUUAAGCUGCCAUCAGGGGAGGAUCUGCCCACAACUAACUGCUUCCACAUCCCCGUUGCAGGCACUGAAGAUGCUGGCCAUUGCCAACUCCACGGAGAUCCCCACUUUUGUUACUGGCCGAGACCCUCUCCACCCUUUGUUUGAUGCCCAGAUGACCAGAGAGAUCUUCGCCAGCAUCGACUCAGCUACCCAGCCAGGCUCUGAGAGCCUUCUCCUUACUGUCCCUGCAGCCGUGAUCCUGAUGCUGAACACAGAGGGGUGCUCCUCCGCAGUGAGAAACGGUCUGCUCCUGCUCAACCUGCUUCUGUGCAACCACCACACUCUGGGGGACCAGAUUAUAACCCGAGAGCUGAGGGACACCUUGUUCAGGCACUCUGGGAUAGCACCGGGGACAGAGCCCAUGCCUACCACACGCACCAUCCUCAUGAUGCUCCUCAAUCGCUACUCAGAGCCACCGGGCAGUCCUGAGCACACAGCAGCACUGGAAACCCCUGGUGCCCAGGGCCAGGAUGGGUCCCCUGAGCGCCUGAUCCGAUCCCUGGUGGGGGGCCCGUCUGCAGAGCUCCUUCUGGGCUUGGAGCGGGUGCUGUGCCGUGAGGGCAGCCGAGGGGGUGCUGUGAGGCCCCUGCUCAAGCGCCUCCAGCAGGAGACCCAGCCCUUCCUCCUGUUGUUGAGGACUCUGGAUGCCCCGGGGCCCAACAAAACUCUGCUGCUGACCGCACUGAGGAUCAUGACCCGGCUGCUGGAUCACCCUGAGGCGAUGGCCCUCCCCUGGCACGAGGUCUUGGAGCCCUGCCUCAACUGUCUCAGUGGCCCUAGCAGCGACUCUGAGAUUGUUCAGGAGCUGCUCUGCUUUCUGCAUCGGCUGGCCUCAAUGCAUAAGGACUAUGCUGUAGUUCUCUGCUGCCUGGGAGCCAAAGACGCCCUCUCCAAAGUCCUGGACAAGCACUCGGCUCAGCUGCUGCUGGCCUGUGAGCUUCGGGACCUCGUGACAGAGUGUGAGAAACAUGCCCAGCUCUACAGUAACCUCACCUCCAGCAUCCUGGCUGGUUGCAUUCAGAUGGUGCUGGGCCAGAUCGAAGACCACAGACGGACCCACCAACCCAUCAACAUCCCCUUCUUUGACGUAUUCCUCAGGCAUCUCUGCCAGGGCUCCAGUGUGGAAGUGAAGGAGGACAAGUGCUGGGAGAAGGUGGAGGUGUCCUCCAACCCACACCGGGCCAGCAAGCUGACGGACCGCAACCCCAAAACCUACUGGGAGUCCAACGGCAGCACCGGCUCCCACUACAUCACCUUGCACAUGCACCGUGGUGUUCUUGUCAGUUUUCAAAAUAAUGUGUUCGUUCCUCCAGCAUCCUCCAAAGAGAUAACCGAUGUGUGGGUCUUUAAAAACCGUCAGCUCCUUGAGGGCAAAACCCAGGUCUCUCCUCUCUGGUGUUUCUUUCGUGGAACCUGCCUGGUGUGGGGUGAGGCACAGGGUGGGCUCCCAGAUACCUGUGGCUCAGCAGGGAGGCAGAAACAGAGGAGUCUGAGCUCUGGAAGCUUGACAAGUCACUUCAGUGGGGGCCCUCCUCCCCACAGAGAUCAGCAGGAACAGAGCUUAACUAAUAGUACAUCCUGGCCUCAGCCUCUAACCCCCUCGCUUCCCCUGCUCUUUGUCUCUCCUCUUCUCUUCCCUGCUCUCCCAGGUCAGAAUCAUCCAGUCCUGGACAUGGGACCCCAUCGGCGGCUGCAGUGGACGUGGCUGGGCCGGGCUGAGCUGCAGUUUGGGGACCAGACCCUGCAUGUGUCCACCGUGCAGAUGUGGUUGCUGUUGCAUUUCAAUCAGACAGAGGAGAUGUCUGUAGAGACUCUGUUGAAGAAUUCUGACCUCACCCCAGAACUACUGCUCCAGGCACUUCUGCCCCUCACCUCAGACAAUGGCCCUUUGAUCCUGCAUGAGGGUCAGGGCUUUCCACACAGGGGUGUGCUGCGGCUUCGGACGCCUGGGUCCCGGCGCUCUGGGGAGGCCCUGUGGCUGAUACCUCCCCAGACGCACCUGAAUGUCGAGAAGGAUGAGGGCCGAACUCUGGAACAGAAGAGGAACCUCUUGAGCUGUCUUCUUGUCCGUAUUCUCAAAGCCCAUGGGGAAAAGGGCCUCCAUAUCGAUCAGCUGGUUUGUCUGGUGCUGGAGGCCUGGCAGAAGGGUCCAAAUCCCCCCGGAAGCCUGGGCCGCACUGUUGCAGGAGGCGUGGUCUGUACCAGUACAGAUGUCCUUUCUUGCAUCCUCCACCUCCUGGGCCAGGGCUACGUGGAGCGGCGCGACGAUCGGCCCCAGAUCCUGAUGUAUGCCACCCCAGAGCCUACGGGGCCUUGCCGGGGUCAGGCAGAGGUCCCAUUCUGUGGCAACCAGACCACCAAGACCUCCAAGCCUAGCCCAGAAGCUGUAGUUGCCCUGGCAUCUCUCCAGCUGCCUGCAGGCCGCACCAUGAGCCCCCAGGAGGUCGAAGGGUUGAUGGAGCAGACGGUACGGCAGGUGCAGGAGACGCUGAACCUAGAGCCAGAUGUGGCUCAGCACCUUUUGGCUCAUUCCCACUGGGGUGCUGAACAGCUGCUGCAGAGCUACAGCGAGAACCCCGAGCCCCUGUUGUUGGCGGCUGGGCUGUGCGUCCCCCAGGCCUGGGCCGCCCCUUCCCGCCCCGACCAAUGCCCUGUGUGUGUCAGCCCACUGGAGCCCGACGAUGACUUGCCCUCCCUCUGCUGCAUGCACUACUGCUGUAAGUCUUGCUGGAAUGAGUAUCUGACAACUCGGAUUGAGCAGAACCUUGUGUUGAAUUGCACCUGCCCCAUUGCUGACUGCCCUGCGCAGCCCACGGGAGCCUUUAUCCGGGCCAUUGUCUCCUCACCAGACGUCAUUUCCAAGUACGAGAAGGCCCUUCUGCGUGGCUAUGUGGAGAGCUGCUCCAACCUGACCUGGUGCACCAACCCCCAGGGCUGCGACCGCAUCCUGUGCCGCCAGGGCCUGGGCUGUGGGACCACCUGCUCCAAGUGUGGCUGGGCCUCCUGCUUCAACUGUAGUUUCCCUGAGGCGCACUACCCUGCCAGCUGUGGCCACAUGUCCCAGUGGGUCGACGACGGCGGCUACUACGACGGCAUGAGCGUGGAGGCCCAGAGCAAGCACCUGGCCAAGCUCAUCUCCAAGCGCUGUCCCAGCUGCCAGGCUCCCAUUGAGAAGAACGAGGGGUGUCUGCAUAUGACCUGUGCCAAAUGCAACCACGGAUUUUGCUGGCGCUGCCUCAAGUCCUGGAAGCCAAAUCACAAAGACUACUACAACUGCUCUGCCAUGGUAAGCAGAGCAGCUCGCCAGGAGAAGCGGUUUCAGGACUAUAACGAGAGAUGUACUUUCCAUCACCAGGCCCGGGAGUUUGCCGUGAGCCUGCGGAACCGCGUGUCUGCCAUCCACGAGGUGCCGCCCCCCAGAUCCUUCACCUUCCUCAGUGACGCCUGCCGGGGACUGGAGCAGGCCCGCAAGGUGCUGGCCUAUGCCUGCGUGUACAGCUUCUACAAUCAGGGCACGGAGUACAUGGACGUGGUGGAGCAGCAGACCGAGAACCUGGAGCUGCAUACCAACGCCCUGCAGAUACUCCUCGAGGAGACGCUGCUGCGGUGCGGAGACCUGGCCUUGUCCCUGCGCCUCCUGCGUGCCGACUGCCUCAGCACCGGCCUGGAGCUGCUCCGGAGGAUCCAAGAGAGGCUGCUGGCUAUCCUGCAGCAUUCUACCCAGGACUUCAGGGUCGGUCUGCAGAGCCCAUCGUUAGAGACCCGAGAGGCGAAAGGAUCCAACGUGCCUGGCAGUCAGCCCCAGGGCUCCUCUGGGCUGGAGGUGGAUGAGGAGGAGGAUGAGGAGGAUGAUGUGCCCGAGUGGCAGCAGGACGAGUUUGAUGAGGAGCUGGACAACGACAGCUUUUCCUAUGACGAGGAGUCCGAGAACCUGGACCGAGACACUUUCUUCUUCGGUGAUGAGGAGGAUGAUGAGGCCUACGACUGAGGGGCAGGACACAGGGAACACGUGGAGCCACCCCAGAGUCCUGGGGGCCGAGGAGGGGAGGUCGCCCCUUCCUGCCAUUGUUGGGGGAGGCGAUUCCCAGUGUCUGCAGUACCUUCUGUUUACUGAAUAAACUUUUUUCCACAUCCC